UAAAAAACUCGACACCAAUGUCCGCCAUUAUGCGCCUCUUCGCCUGGCCUUGCAUUAUGGCCGCUGCGCUCAGCUGGCAGUGACUCGAUUGGUGGUGGACGAGCAGAGCGUUAAAUGGAUACGUGCGUCGAAUGACUUAUUGUUGUGUCCUGGCUUGGGAUAUCUCGAUUGUGCUCGGUCGGGGAGCGCGUUUUUUCGCGCACACAUUGGUCCAGUGACGAAUGUUAUUGUGCAACGACGACGGGACGAGAUCUGGAGCGAGCGACGUAGCCUAGAUAAGAUGGCAAUAAGCGCUGUCACACGGGUAUCGAGCAUCGUCAUUGCGCUGAACGGUCUUCUUCAUUGAAUCCGCCGCGCGCACACGGACAGAGAGAUCGAGAUCGGGAAGGAGAUCGCGCGAAUGCGACACGAGAACGGUGACAAACAGAGCUGACAGCCGCCCGUCGAUCGCGCAAACAUGGGCAAUUGCCUGAAGCGUUCCGGUAAUCAACAGGACAAUACUACUCUGCUGAGCAACAAUCCCGAGACCAAUGUGUCCACCAGCGGAUCCUCGCAGGAGGGCCUUGGACCGCCGAUCUACAACCAAACAAUUUACUACCCGUCGGUUGCCUCGAGGGAACGCCAGCUGCAAUCCACCAAUUUGAACAUCGGUCAUGGAAUCGGUGUCAAUCUGGUGCCAAGGGAUCCUUUCACGGAGGAGGAUAUGCGGCAGCAAGUGAGACUCGCCAAGCGUAUAGGACUGAUACAACAUUUGCCCAUAAGGGAGUACGACGGCGCGAAGAAGGGCGAAUGCGUGAUAUGUAUGAUGGAGCUGCAAGCUGGCGAGGAAGUGCGCUAUCUUCCCUGUAUGCACACUUACCAUGCUAUUUGUAUCGACGACUGGUUACUACGUUCAUUGACCUGUCCGUCCUGCAUGGAACCAGUGGAUGCGGCGCUAAUAAGCUCAUAUCAUCCGACUACUUAAUAACGGAGUGACUGGAAUUCUAUUGGUCUGACAAAUUGGUAAAUUGGAAUUAUAUUGAACAGACUAAACGUGUGAAGUAAAACUGAAAAAAAAGGAGAGAGAGCGAGUGAGAGAGAGAGAAAGAGAGAGUGAGAGAGAGAGUUGUGUCUACUUCUAUAGAGCAUAUAAAGGCUUCUGAGACAUAGAAAGACGGUAUAUUCCGCGUCGACAUAUGCGUGCGUGUUGGUUAAUAAUCUGUAUCACAUUCUAUUACAUCUGCAAGUAUUUUUUUAGAUUACUAUGCGAGUGUGUGUUCGAAGAGGUCCUUAUUUUAAUUAAAUAUUACCAGAAUAAGUGAGUGAGUGAAAGGGAGAGAGAGAGAAAGAGAGAAAAACAUCACACCUAUGAAAUUCUUCGUUUGCAUAGUGAAUACAACUGAAUUAACUGCUUGUAUAUUGAUUUCCUAUUAGAGAAAGAAAUGGGAAGUGGGAGGAUACAGCUCGAUGUAAGUGUGCAAUAAAGUGUUGAGUAAGCCUCAUGUACAUUAGAUAUAGUCUAAACAAAUAUACAUAUGCGUAGUGAGAAGACAAAAUGUGCGGGACACGUGCGGAAAUUAUUAUAUUCUUUAUAUUACAGUUUUUUUUUUUUCUGAUAUCUCCCCCUCGUAUAGUGUAGAUAUUCUUUGCGUAUAGCGUUUUUGACGAAGUUGUUUCUUUUUUUUUUUUUUUUACAGAAAUUUUAAUCAUGUUCUCGAAACAUAACACACAUACCUGUGCUUUCGAAUAAUUUCGAGUGAGAUAAAUUGCGCGAAUUACAUUACAAAGUUUUAGAGUGAAAACUGUUGCUUGUUCGAAUUAUAAAUAACGCACGAAUUGUAGACACUGCGAAUUAACGAUUUUCGCGACAUUUACAGUCUAAUCUAUAUAAAAAGACGCGAUUCCAUUGUAUCUGUGUAAUAUGAAAAAAAAAAAAAAAAA